UAUCCAGCGAGCUCUGAACACUGCACACGGCCAUCUGCCCAGAGAGCUGUGCCCACCAGUGCCACUACUAUCUACUCAGAAAGUCGUGACCACUGAACGCCUGCGCCUGCCCAGAGUCUGGUCCACAGCCUACUGAACCUUGCUGCGAUGCCCGAGCUUCUAACUGUUGUUUCUUGGCCGUUCCUGAUUCUCCUGUCCUUCCAGAUUGGUGUGGCCGCUGGAGCCCCCCAGCCAUGGCACUGUGCUCCCUGCACUGCUGAGAAGCUAGGGCUCUGUCCACCCGUGCCUGCUUCUUGCCCCGAGAUUUCUCGUCCUGCAGGCUGUGGCUGCUGCCCAACAUGUGCCUUGCCACUGGGUGCUGCCUGCGGUGUGGCCACUGCACGCUGUGCCCAGGGACUUAGCUGCCGUGCAUUGCCAGGAGAGCCUCGUCCCCUGCAUGCCCUCACCCGUGGUCAGGGAGCCUGUGUACCAGAACCUGCUGCACCUGCCACGGGCACCUCGUCCGGCUCCCAGCAUGAAGAGGCAAAGGCUGCGGUGGCCUCUGAGGAUGCACUCACGGAGAGCCCAGAGAUGACGGAGGAGCAGCUCCUGGAGAGCUUCCACCUGAUGGUCCCAUCCCGUGAGGACCAGCCCAUCCUGUGGAACGCCAUUAGCACCUACGGCAGCAUGCGGGCCCGGGAGAUCACCAACCUCAAGAAAUGGAAGGAGCCCUGCCAACGAGAACUCUAUAAAGUGCUGGAGAGAUUAGCUACAGCUCAACAGAAAGCAGGAGAUGAAAUCUACAAGUUCUAUCUGCCAAACUGCAACAAGAAUGGAUUUUAUCACAGCAAACAGUGCGAGACAUCCCUGGAUGGAGAAGCCGGGAUCUGCUGGUGUGUCUACCCAUGGAGCGGAAAGAAAAUCCCUGGGUCUCUGGAGACCAGAGGGGACCCCAACUGCCACCAGUAUUUCAAUGCACAUAACUGAAAGGAGUUCUUUUCUUUCUUCAUGUUCACACAAAAUAUUUAAGUAUAUAGUAUAUUUAUAGUCUGGAGCACACCAUUUUAUAUAUGUGUAUAUGUAUAUAUCCAGGAACUAGUUUUUAUACUCCACAUACUGCUUGAUGUAUGAAGCAGAUUUGUAUUUAUUCACUGUAAGUUUAUUUUUUUCUACACAGUUCUUGUGCUAUAUUAAUUUAUAUAUCAUGAAGCUCUUCUCAUCUCCGUACAUGUAAAUACCAUAUUUCAGCUCUUCCAAAGUUCUGCUUCGAAAGGGCCAAGAGAUACUGCCUAGAACAAGUCAGUCUGAGGUAGAGCACUUUCAGUGGGUUAGCAGAGGAAAGCUAGCCCAUGCUCUGGGAGAUUUCCUCAUCGGAUCCCACAGAUCCAGGUCUGAUGCACAUUUGCUGGGAAAGUUCCAAUGCUGACUGUGUAACCAAAGCUGAAUGUGGAAAGCUGCAUCCGAUACAUUGUU